AUGUCAGGGAAACGACGACUGCUCCAACGAGAAGUCACAUAUGAAGAUGUGAAAGACGAAGAAUUCAACAUACUCCAUCAGCUUGACUUUUAUGGUCAGCAGCUCCAAUUUUUUACUCGCCUGUGGGACAAACGCGACUGGAUGAAAACAGUCGUUGCACAUCAUCUCAACUUGGCAACACCCUCUAUGUGCGAAGUUUCGAAAGUGGAAGAUUGGCUCUAUGGUAGCUUCAACGUUUGUGUGCCGAUCAAUAUCAACCGUGAUCAAACAUCCCGGGUUCUUUUAAGAUUCCCUCUUCCAUACCGCGUCGGCGAGGCUCUAAAUCCCGGCAAUGGCGAUGAGAAGAUACGUUGUGAAGCAGCAACAUAUGCCUGGCUUCAAGAAAACUGCCCUGAGAUACCAAUAACUCAGCUCUAUGGCUUUUCAUUGUCAUCUGGCGAAGUGUACCGAAACACCAUAUCCAUUGACGGCCUGACUGGUAUUAAUACUGGUUAUCUUCUGGUCGACUUUGUCGAUAAAGCGAAAGGUCAAAUGCUCUCGACUACAUGGAGCAAUGGUCGACAUGACCCUAUGUUACAGACAAAUCUAUUCCGUGAUCUAUCUCGGAUUUUUCUUAGUCUUUUCCGAUCUCCGCUACCGAGAAUUGGCUCGUUGAUGAUUGAUAACCAAGGCUUCCUGCAUGUUGCUAAUCGACCUCUUUCAGUCCAAAUUCAGCAAUUGGAGAAUGAGGGGAUAUCUACUGAUAUAUCCCGUGACUAUACAUAUUCAACAGUCGACUCCUAUCUAACUGAUCUAUUGGGGGUUCAUGACAAUCGUUUCCGCUUCCAGCCAAAUGCAGUCAAUCAUCUCGGAGACUGUGCCUACCAGCUCUCCAUACUCACCGCUAUGCGAACGGUUUUUCAAUCAAUCUUCAGCCGAACUUUUCGAAGAGGUCCCUUUAUUCUCUCCUUCACAGACCUCCAUCAAAGUAAUAUCCUCGUUGACGACAAGUGGCAGAUAAAAUGCAUUGUGGAUCUUGAGUGGGCUUGCUCCAGACCAAUUGAGAUGGUCAUACCUCCCUACUGGCUUACAGACAAAGGCGUCGAUGAGAUAAUUCCAGAAGAAUACAAUUCUGUCCGCCAAAAAUUCAUGGAGGCUUUGGUUAGCGAGGAAAGGAAUCCAGUCUUUAAUACUACGAUCAAGCAUGAACAUGACUCUUCACCGUUACGUCUUUCAGAGAUCAUGAACAAAACAUGGGAAUCGGGGGCUUUCUGGUAUACAAUAGGGAUUUCAAGUCCCUCAGGGCUUUUCAAUAUUUUCAAUCACCAUAUCAAGCCUUUAUUUUGCGCUAAAGAAUAUGAUGAAGAUUUCGGCGUGGUUAUGCCUUUCUUCUUUGAGAAAAAUGUUGGAGUUAUCGCAGCUCGUAAGCUUGCAGACAAGGGGAAAUACGAUGAAGACCUCAAGCGUGCAUUUUAUUGCCAUACCGAAAAAGAAUGA